UGACCAUAUGAUUUGGACCAAUGUACAAGCUGUUACUCUCACUCAAUACAAAUAAAAUAGAUUGAUAACACUUGUUUUAUUCAACUUCUGUUGACCAGAGCCAGAGGAAAAGAUGCAUAUGAAAGAACUUGUUUUUGGUCUCAUCUUACUGAUGCAAGCAUGUGAACCACUUUUGGCCCAGUCACCGGCCCCGAUACAACCCAACUCUCCAGGAAUACUGCAGAGGCUGGCAGAGAAAACCAGGGAAGCCACAGCUACAGUCAAACAUCUGAGGGGCUUUAUUGGUACCUACUAUGAAGACCACAUCCAACCAGUGACUGACAGCUACUUUGAAUGGGCCACUAAUGUCAAAAGCUCUGUGUGGGAGAAGAUCCAGACAACCAUUGACAAACUCAUACCAAUGAAAGCAACUAAUCAAACGGCUCAACCCAGUCAAAUAUGAAGAAAAGCUGACAAUAAAUGAAUACUCUUACCAUUCUUA